CUUUAUUUAUUUGAUUGGCCUCCGUUUGGAACACUUCCGGUUACAGAGCGCUUGUGUUAGUGUUAAACACAGCACGAGAGUCACUUCCCGCAAUGUAACUAAAGGAAUAAACAACAUGACUGAGAAAAGACUUCAAGACACAGCGGUCAGAAAUAGUGCAGACCUUCUGGCCGAGCUGCCGUCUGUGAGAUGGGGCUGCUUCCUUGGAGAAUGACGAGAUUUCGGCGCAAGAUAUGCCUCGCCUUGACUGCACUGGCUCUUUUCUUUUUGGUCGUUAUGAAAAUCCUGUCUCCGGAUGACAGGAUACCGGGCGAUGGCAUUGAAUUCGUUCCUCAAGAAGACGGAGACGGUGAAGGUGGUGGUGAGGUUCACAUCGUGCCCAAGACCAGCGUGAUCAAAAAGACAUGGAAGGAGAAAGUCGUGAAUGUUUUCAAUAGAGGCACCCCGAGUGAAGAAUUCCCUCCUCCAAAUUACAACGUACACGUCUUCUACUACACGUGGUACGGGAACCCUCACUUCAAUGGGAAGUACAUUCACUGGAAUCAUCCUCUCCUGCCACACUGGAACCCCAAAAUAGUGCCGGAAUACGCGACCGGAAUGCACAUGCCUCCAGACGACAUCGGUGCCAGUUUCUACCCCGCCUUGGGGCCGUAUAGCUCUCGCGACCCUUCUGUUAUAGAGGCUCAUAUGCAGCAGCUACGCACAGCAGCCAUAGGUGUCCUGGCAGUGUCCUGGUACCCGCCUGGAAUGAAGGACGAUAACGGCGAACCGACCGAAGGCAUUGUACCUUUGAUUCUGGAAGUAGCCUCAAAGUACAAAGUGAAGGUGGUAUUUCAUAUUGAGCCGUACAAAGGACGUGAUGACAAGAGCAUGCUUGAUAACAUUAAGUACAUUAUUGACAAGUACGGAGACCAUCCUGCUUUUUUCAGAUACAAAUCAAACAGCGGAAAGCUUCUUCCAUUGUUCUAUAUUUAUGACUCCUAUUUGCAAAGUCCAGCUAUCUGGUCACAGCUUCUGAAGAGCACCGGGACGAGAAGCGUCAGAAACACGGCAUACGACGGCAUCUUCAUCGCUCUGCUCGUGGAGGAGAAGCAUAAACACGAAGUCUUGUCCUCCGGCUUCGACGGCAUCUACACGUACUUUGCGACUAACAGCUUUUCCUACGGUUCCACUCAAAGGAACUGGAGAUCCAUUAAAGCCUUCUGUGAUAGCAACAAUCUGAUUUUCAUCCCCAGCGUAGGUCCAGGCUAUAUCGACACUAGCAUCCGGCCCUGGAACGGUCAGAACACGCGGAACCGCAUCAACGGCAGGUAUUACGAGACGUCUCUGAGAGCGGCGCUGGAGACCAGGCCCGAGAUCAUCUCCGUGACUUCGUUUAACGAGUGGCACGAAGGAACUCAGAUCGAAACGGCGAUUCCUAAAACAAGAGGUCAGACUGCUUACUUGGAUUAUCUUCCCUACAAACCGACGGUGUAUUUGGACAUUACGCGCAGGUGGGCGGAGAAAUUCAGCAAAGAACAAGAGAAAUGGCUGCAGUGACUCGGAUAUACAUUCCAGUAUUCCGUCACCUCGCUCGGUGAAGGUCUGUCAAACGUCGUAAAUGACGGCGAGAAGGAUUGGUCUCCAUAACGUCUGCGAAACACACCAAUACCACCUUACAGUUAUUUUAUAUUGUUAUCUGCAAUACCAUGAAUGCCCUGUUGCGAAAGAAAAUUCGUCUGUUCAACAGAUUAUUGAUCACCUUUGAUUGUCUUUUUAUUGCAGAAAUUCAUUUCUAAUGAAUUAGACCUCACGCUUUGGCUAAUGAAAUGGCAGGAAUUCUGUAAAAAUGCUAAUCAGUCUGAAUUCUGGAAAAAUCUCCAAUAAGUUGAAAUACUUACAAAAUUCGAAAUAUAUUUUACCAAUCUGAAGUGCAGAUGUUUUUAUUAAUUACGCUACUGUCUAAUCUCACCUUGGGUAUCUUCUGGCAUGUUGUAUAAGAUGUCUAAAACCUCAAAAUGACCUCUGAUCACGUUCUUGAAAAGCUACAUCGAGGGGAAAUAAACAUUCGGACAUGUCCGUAUUUGUUA